UUAGCUCAAAAUAAGUGUUUAAAUAAUUUAGUUGUCUUGAUUGAUCAUUAACGGAUAUAUCUGACUGCUAACGAACAUGCAUGGUAUGUUUAGGAGUAGUUACAAUCGAUAAGCUAUUGAAUAUUUUGUUACUUGCAUGAGCGACUGAAGUGGUAAUAUAAUAAACCGAUUCAUUAUUGCACUUCCUAUAAUGAUAUCGGUUUAUCGAGUUAUGUUACGGCGACUAACUACACACACGUUGUCGUUUAAUACACAUACCUGGCUAUAUUUGAGAUGGUUUAAAGAAGUGAGGUAGAUCUAUUAAUGAAAAUAUGUUGAGGAAGACAAAAAGAAAGAUUUGUAAAAUAAUUUCUGUACUGAUUAUAUUAUGGAUAAUUUUAGUUCCUCUUCGUACUAUUGUGUAUCUACUUUCCGAAUUUGUGUUUUGUGUGAAUACAUAUGAGAUACCUGAAAUAUAUUCUGCACAGAGGGAUAUACAUGAACGCUUGCAUAUACCCAAACGAAUACACCAAGUGUUCUUCUUUGAAACGAGCUCAACAUUACCGCGAAAGUUACAAAAGGCCCAACAGUCAUGUAUAGAGCAGCAUCCUGGGUAUAAAUAUACUCUUUGGAAUAAAACAAUGGUGAAUGCACUUAUUGACCGGGAAUAUCCGGAUAUAAAAGAUUUGUACAACAGUUAUGGACACUGGGUUAAACGGGCAGACGUCGCACGGUAUCUCGUGUUACACCAUCAUGGAGGCUGGUACAUUGAUAUGGAUAUUGUUUGUAAACACAGCGUUGAAGAGCUUUCGACAGAAGCCGAGAACAAAGGUGCGAGUGUAGUUGUACAUACAACGGGACCGGUUGGGUUUUCAAAUGACUUCAUCGGAAUCAGCAGACGACACCCUUUCUUGGCUGACGUCAUGAACGCAUUACGUUAUUCAAAAAGAUGGUAUUUUGUUCCGUAUGCGUCAGUUAUGUUUUCAACUGGGCCAACGUUUCUUUGGGGAAGAUAUUUAAAUUAUCCUCGAAAGGAAGAGUUUAACAUCAUAGAAAAUCAGGAUCGUUACCUUCACAUUCUUCAUGGUUCUUCUUGGCAUUCCGUGGACGGCGUAGUGAUCUGGUACAUAUUUCGAUACAGUCCGGACUUUUGGAUGAUUUUGGCAUGUAUUUUUACAGCGAUAAGUGUUUCAUCACAUUUAUAUUCAAGUGAAAGCAAAAUUGUAAAAUUUAUAGAAAGAACUAUUCGUUAUUUUAAAAAUACUUUUAUAGGAUAAAGAUAUGCUUUUUAGAUAUGACUUAUACUUCGUGAUUGUGAGUGCCAGAUAUUUCAAGAAUCUACUUUUAAUACUGGAACGAACAGUAUUAGCUCUUUAUUUAUUUCUAUUUCAUGUUCAUUCCUUAAUGCCCAAAUAUCAAUCUAUAUCUAGUCCUGGGUUGAUUUUGUUCCAUACGACCUUAAAAGUAUUUUACAGUUGUCACAGUUAACAUAAAAGUAUUUUAAGUCCCGUGAAAUUAUUUAUGUAUCGGAUCUUCGGAUAUUAAUGGUGGCUCCUACAGGCUGCGACUCCCUAUCCGCAAACAAUCUGACUAAAGUACAUUUCAAGUUAACGCUACGCUUUGGAUCUGAAGACGUGCUGUUGAUAGACUUUAAAAAAAUUAUAUUUAGCCUGGGUUUUUCAUAUUUAUAAUAAUAACUCUUAUGACGACCACAUCAUGACUGCUAGUUCUGGCUACCAAAACUUAACUGACACUGUUUUUAUUUUCUGAUGGUCGCGUCCAUUAAGAUCCGUAACAGCAAAUAAACAUUUCUGAGCAGACUUUUUUAGCUACAUGACUGCGCCCUCGUGUUUUGAGAGGUAUCAUAUGUCCCGGCACGGACUUGGUCACGUAAGGGGAGAUUAAGUGUCAGGCAGCCGGUUAGCUCAGUCGGUAGAGCACUUGCCCUGUAAGCAAGGGGGGCCGGGUUUGAGCCCCGGACUGACGGUACAUUUUUCUCACCCAGUGACAUUCGACGCUAUUUUGAUGGUUCAACCAAAUUCUUGUUGAAACGAGUCGUCUGACUGGUUCAAAUAAAAAUAGAUUUCCGAAAAUAAAAAUACCAAUAUCGGAAAUCCAAAUAUACAGAAAGAUGAAUGUGUAUGGCAUGUCAAACGUUGCUAAAUUAUAUAUGUUUGUUUUUAUUAUUGUAUGUUUGUUAUUGUUAUUCAAUGUCGUGUCAUUCAUAUUCUAAAAUUUGCUAUUGUUAUUGUAUAUGUCGUUAUUCUUAUGGUAUGUUCGAUAUUCUUAUGGUAAAAGUCAUUAUUGUUAUUCUAUGUUUCGUUAUUGUUAUUGUAUCUUUGAUAUUGUUAUUCAAUGUCGUGUCAUUCAUAUUCUAAGUCUUACCAUUGUUAUUGUAUAUGUCGUUAUUCUAUUGCAUGUUCGAUAUUCUUAUGGUAAAAGUCAUCAUACCCAGAAAUCUAAGCCAAUUUGCUGGCUUAUUGGCGAAAUUGUCUCCCUUGAAAACAGCUUAUCGAGUGUAUCGAUUAGCCGUUAUCGGUAAAUUUACGCCUAUUGAAAUAUAGAAGGAGAAAAUCUUUAACACGUCAGAUGACAUCAAAAGCAUUAUCUGACAAUAUUAAUUAAGUUAUUGAAGUAAUCUGCAAUAUUUAAAUUUUCUUUCGAUAUAUUUUUUAAUAAAGUAAAUUAUGAUCUUUUUGCUUCACCAAGCGUUUGAAAUAAGUAACUAAUUUUGAUCCCGAGUCCCAUUGAUUUCUGUAGGAAAUGACAGAUUUUAAGCUUUACAUGGUCUUUUUAAAUGAUAUAUUCUCAUAUUUAUACUCGUCUCACAACAUUUAUUAAGUUAUUGAAGUAAACUAGAAAAAAGUUAAUCUUUUUUUCAAUGAGUUUAUUUGUAAGUUAUUCUUAUGUCUUCUUGCUUCCCUAAACGUUUGAAUAUCACUGAAUUUACUAAUUUUGAAAUUUUUGCCUGUCUUAGUAACUGACACGUGUAAC